AGUGGGUGGUGGCGCGGCGCCAUUUUGUUUGACCGGGCUCCGGCGGCGCGGUACCGCUUCCGGUGCUGUUCUUUGCCUUCCGUCUCUUCUCGUCUCUUCUCUCGCUCUCUGGCAGCGUCGGCGGCAGCGGCGGCGGCGAGGAAGAGGAGAUGCCCCAGCAUCCGCUGCGAGUCGCCGUCGUGUGUUCGAGCAACCAAAACCGGAGCAUGGAGGCGCACAGUAUCCUCAGCAAAAAAGGCUUCAAUGUUCGAUCGUUUGGCACGGGGAUGCAUGUGAAGCUACCAGGACCUGCUCCGGACAAGCCAAAUAUAUACGAUUUCAAAACUUCAUAUGAUCAGAUGUACAAUGAUCUCAUUAGGAAAGACAAAGAACUAUAUACACAGAAUGGAAUUCUCCACAUGUUGGACAGAAAUAAGCGGAUAAAAUCUCGACCUGAACGUUUCCAGACCUGCAAAGACCAGUUUGACCUGGUAGUGACGUGUGAAGAGCGAGUGUACGAUCAGGUGCUUGAAGAUCUGAACUCAAGAGACCAGGAGACAUUCCAGUCAGUGCAUGUCAUAAACGUGGACAUUCAGGAUAAUCACGAAGAGGCCACAAUCGGUGCUUUCCUCAUUUGUGAACUGUGCCAAUGUAUUCAGCGUACCGAGGACAUGGAGAACGAGAUUGACGAGCUGAUCCAGGAGCUGGAGGAGAAGAGCAGCCGGACUUUCCUUCACACCGUCUGCUUCUACUGAGGGGGAGGGGAGGGACAGGGGGGGGGCCUCGGUCGCUGCAGUGCUGAUCUGUAUAUAAUUUAUAGUCUAUUUUAAGUUGGAGUCGCUGCUCGGCGCGGGUCCUGCAAUGAGUCUCCGGGAGAAGCAGCCUGGCUGGCGUUGGCGCAGAGUGUGUCUCACCUGAAACUUCAUUAAAAAAAACCCAGAGCCGGA